GAGCAGGAAGAAUUGUUUUUAAGGUGCUCGGGGUAGAGGAAAUUUAAAUUCCAUUACUCAGAUACAAUUCAUUAAUAUUUUCGAACGGGAAAUGUCGUCGCUAUAACUCAAGGAUCGUUUCUCUCAGGAUGAUGGCUUACUUAAAUUGUGUCUACAUUUUUGUUUGGUCGGAGCAAUCUCGGAAAUUAUGAUCAUAAUUGUUAUGUUGUGUAGAACAAACUAUAAAAUUCGUUCGCAGAAGGAUCUUUUUUCUGAUCAUACCUAAUUCGGUUUCACAUUACGUCGUAAAAUUUUAUAACGUGUAUAAUGUAACUUGGUAUUUUCCGCGUACUAAUUGAUAAAUUUGACUACAUCUGGAAAUUCAAUUUUUCAGUGUGUGAGCUGAAAGUCUUGAUUGAAUAAAACUAAUUUUAUUUUAGGAAAACUUGCAUUGUUCUUGUGUGUACGCUGUUGACUAAAAAAGUGUAAAUCAUGGUGACAUCACAAUUAAAAUUUUAACGCUCAUGGAGAUAUAAAAUUUAAAGCUGUCAGAUGAAAAUGCAAAAUGGAAGUCGUGUAAAAUCUUUGCGUGAACUGGAGUAUGAAGAAGAAAUCAGGCAAAUUCCUUUGAUGGUAUACCUGAUAGUUCUGUGUUUAUCUGGAAUAGUUGGAAAUACUUUGGUAUGCUAUAUAAACGCGAGGAAGAAAAGACUGUCCACUUUUCGUUUAUUCGUCAUUGUUUUAGCCUCCGUUGAUUUAUUUACAAGCGGUAUUCUACUUCCGGCGGAAGUGGUGAUACAAUUCUGGCAGUAUACCUAUUACAAUGUAUGGAUUUGCAAAUUGAAUCUAUUUGCGAAAGUUUGGACGGCAAUGGCGUCUGGAUUCCUGCUAUUAUGUAUAGCAAUUGACCGCUAUCGGAAAGUUUGUAGGCCAUUCCGCAUGCAGAUAUCAAUUCGGACAGCCAGAGAUAUGUGCCUUACGACUGGAAUUAUAAGUAUUGCUGUUUCAUGGAUAUCUCCAAUUAUAUACGGUGUACAAACCAGAGAAAUCAGCAGAUACAACAUAACUAUAUCAGAAUGUGCGGUCACUGAAAAUAUGAAACAGACACUGUUUCCGUUAUUAAAUAAUUUCAUUUUUGCACUUUUAUUUUCCGGAGCAUUGUCAGCAAUUCUAAUUAUGUACGGUUUUAUUGCUCUUCGUGUAAAACGGCAAAUUAAAAAGAAGAUUGGCAUACAUACUAAAAGCGGAGGUAAAAGAAAGACACCAGAAACUGAAACAAAAGUUAGCAACAAGAGAAGAGAUGACAGUGACGAUGGGCUAGAAUAUGACAUGACAACUAGCGACAAUACUUUAGACCCGACCAUAACGAAUACAGGCAAUGGAAUGGACAUUGAACCUACGAAAAAACACGGAAGCGUUAGAAAUAAAAUAGACAAAACAGCGAACAUAAAGCAUGGUUUUUAUGCCAAAGAUUCUCAGAGAAAACGUUUAAGGACAUCGCUAAUAAUGUUUAUGGUUUCCAUCGCGUUUAUUAUCACAUAUAUGCCAGUGCUUUGCAUACUUUUGAUCCGAACUGUGGACAAGACGUUUGUAACGUCACUAACUGAUUCUGGGAGAACGGCUUACAAGUUUAUCUACAGGUCGUACUUCAUAAGUAGCGCCAUUAACCCCUUGAUUUAUGGGAUAUGGGAUGCAAGUUUUAGACAGUCAUGCAAAACAUUAUUCAAAUGUAGGAACAAUUGUGUAACGCGUACGUUGAGUGAAAAGUAAGCGUCCAGAGAAACGAAAACAGCCAAAUUAAAGCAAGGAACGAGAAACUGAUUUUAUCCCUUUUAACUUUGGACAUUAAAUAAAGGCAUUCUUACAUACCUCUUCCUUUGUUGGACAGAGGUCUACUAGUAUAUUUUUCUGAAAGACCGCUUUGAACAAAAGAAUUCUCGUGCAGAGGUCUAGUUGUUCUGACCCAGACCUGAGCACGUGAAAAAGUGACGAAAUAGCAUCUUUUAAACACAUAAAUAUGUUUCAAUAACAUGCUUUUUAUGGUGAUUUUAUCACGAUUGCUCAUGAUUUCCUAAUAAAAUAGUCAGUGUUAAAUAAACGGAUUUUCAAGAAAAGCGUGCUUAAUUAUAUUAACAUUUCAUGUUAUUAAAUACACCUUACAUGUAUGCAUAAUUAAAAAUAGAAAAAAAUCCUAAUUUCCACAUAAAGCCGGAAAAGAUGAGAGGAAAAUAUUUGUAUGUGAAAUGAAAAUGAUAAGUCAAAAUUAAGAUUAACCGCUCUACCACUGAGGCAGACAAAAACAAGUUUUACAAUUCACCAUUUUCCAGCAUAUUCCACUCAAAACAUUAUUUUCAGUAGUAGUAAAGUAAUUGUUUGUGCGAAGUCAAUCUAACCCCAUUUGACCUUUUAACCCUUGGUCCGAACCGACCAAUGCCGGACAAUUUAAAAUCCACAGGUUUUAAACCCAAUUAAAAGUUUUUAAAGUUAAAUUUAAAUACAUAUGAUAUAGAUGAGUUUACAGAAUAAAAUAUAUUGUUUGAAAGAAAGAAGAUUUACUGAUAAUAUAAACCCCCAUUAUGUUAUAACAAAAAAUGGGAGAAAAAUGAUAAAAGCUACCUGUUCAUCUUGUGGAAAGAUGAAAUCAAAGUUUGUUAAAAGUACAGGGGGUAAUUUAGAUAUUCACAAAGCAAUGUUACCUUUAUAACCUAAGAAAGGUUUAACACUUCCAGGAUAUAAUUAUUGUGGGCCAGGAAAUCCCCUAGAUAAUGGACCCCCUGUCAAAGAACUGGAUGCAGUAUGUAUGGACCAUGAUUUAUGCUAUGACAGUGAUGUAAAAAAGGGUACAUGUGAUAAGCAAAUGCUUUCCAAUUUAAAUAACACUAAAUCAAAAACAUUUGGAGAAAAGAUUGCAAAACAUUUAGUUGUGAAACCUAUAAUUAAAACGAAAUACACACUUGGUCUCGGACAAAAACAAAAGUCAAAAAACGGGAAAAGGGGGUAGAGUAUACCCCCGGAAUCACAUGGAGCGAUGAAUUAGCAGAAGAAUUACACAAACCAAUUAAAAGAAAAUUUAGGAAACGAAGAGUGAUAGUUAAUGAUAUUGAUGAUACUUGGUCAGCUGAUUUAGUCGACAUGCAAGCUUUUUCAAAAUAUAAUAAAGGAGUAAAGUACUUGUUAACCGUUAUUGAUAUAUUUAGUAAAUAUGCUUGGGUUAUUCCA